AUGGACAACGCCACCUACAGCUACCCAUCGGACUGCACCCCGCUCACCAGCUGCAAGUCCAGCCGCAAGCCUGCCGGCUACACCGUGGUAAACAUGGGCCAUGCCGGCAAGCCGCCCAACGACUACCUGAUCUGGUCCCUGUGCAACACGCUCUACGUCAACUUCUGCUGCCUGGGGUUCCUGGCUCUUAUCUACUCCAUUAAGGCUCGGGACCAGAAGACUUUGGGUGACAUGAGGGCAGCCCAGGAGUGCUCAGACAAAGCCAAGUGGUACAACAUCCUGGCAUCCGGCUGGAACCUGCUGGUACCCCUGCUCCUGCUGGUGUUGGUCGUGCUGCUGCUGGUGCACCUGGGCGGGACGGAGGGCUCCUUUGACUUCUUUGGGGAGGACGGCUACCAGAGCUUCAUGAAGCUCUUCAGCAGGUAGAGCGAUGAAGGGCCGGUGCCUCUUGCAGACCGAAGGGCACGUGCACCAACUAAUAGGAGCCGCUGUGUGCCACCUCACGUUCUCUCCAUACGGGUCUCCUGGACAAGUGACUUUCGAUUUUCUCUGUGCAUUUUCUUUGUUUUUAGUGACUGAUUAUUACUGUUACUGCUGCCAGUACUGUAUUAUCACCCGACAUGGCUUUCCGAAG